CAGCGUCCAAGGGUUUCUCUCCCAUUUCGAGCUCACUUUGCUACCACCACCCUUCGCAGAGUCAGAGCUUUCGGGUUUUCCUUUUCCUUGCUUUUUUGGCUUUCAGGCGUCCAAACAGAAGAAAAGCUUUUAAUAGACUUGGGUAUUUGUGGGAUUUUUCUGUAGGGGAAGGAAGAUUAAUUCAGAGAUGGCUGCUGGUCUGGCUUCCAAAUGGUCUCGCGUUGGCCGUUCAUUGUUGGGGGGCCUUGGAAACAACUUGUCUAAUUUACUGACCACGUCACAUGAGAUGGCAUGCAACAAUUCCUUAUCUCAGCAGCAAAGGACUUUCAUUCAGAUGAGGACGGUUCUCAAAGUGGUGGACAACUCGGGGGCAAAAAAGGUGAUGUGCAUACAAGCUUUGAAGGGGAAGAAAGGUGCAAGGUUGGGAGACACAAUAGUUGCAUCUGUCAAGGAAGCCCAUCCAAAUGGAAAAGUCAAGAAAGGAAAGGUUGUGUAUGGUGUGGUUGUACGUGCAGCCAUGCAACGCGGCCGUUGCGAUGGCAGUGAGGUCAAGUUUGAUGACAAUGCUGUGGUACUUGUCGACAAGCAAGGGCAGCCAAUUGGGACGAGAGUUUUUGGGCCUGUCCCUCACGAGCUACGGAAGAAAAAGCAUGUCAAGAUUCUUACUUUGGCGGGGCAUAUUGCGUAGAGUGUGGGAGUCUUUGGAAUCCAGAUGCAGGAGUGGUAGCAUAGGCAUGAUUUGGAUAAAUCUAGCAUAUGCUUGGUUAGACUUGAAUUUUGCCUGAAUUUGUCUGCACUGAAAAAAAAAGAAAAAGAAUAUUGUUUUAUUCCAUCAAUUUUCAAGCAGUGAGAUGAUAGCCAAGUGACCUGUAACUUUUAACUAAUUGAAUGCCUAUAUUGCUUGUCAUUAGUUUAACACUAUUCUUGUGUAAGAUGUCAAACAAAUGACACACAAUGUGGUUUUCAACUAAUUGAUUGCCUAUAUUGGCUUA